UUAUAUGCUUCUUCUGUCUGCUGCACAUUCUCUCUGCUCCGAGCUUCCAUUGCCAGAUCGAAACCCGACUCACUCCUUCCUUCCUUCCCUUCAUCUUCCUUCUUCUUCCUUCUUCCUUCUUCGUGUUCGGAGAGCCUCUCUGCUUUCCCACAAAAUGAGAGGCGUUCACCACCGCAACCACCACGACCACGACCACGACCACCACCACCACCACAGCAUCAACAGCAUCGACACUGUGAACGCCGCCGCCACUGCGAUCGCCGCCGCCGAGGCCCGCGCCCCGCCCGCCGCCGCUCAGAAAAGAAGAUGGGGCAGCUGCUGGAGCCUAUACUGGUGCUUUGGACAUCAGAAGAGCAACAAACGAAUUGGCCAUGCUGUCCUUCUCCCUGAACCAGUCACUCUGGGUAAUACAGCUCCUGCAGCAGAGAACCAGGCCACAUCAACUGCUAUUGUGCUGCCGUUUAUUGCUCCUCCCUCAUCUCCUGCAUCAUUCCUCCAGUCUGAUCCUCCUUCCGUGACCCAAUCACCUGCCGGAUUACUUUCCCUUACUUCUCUUUCCAUAAAUUCUUAUUCUCCUAGAGGCCCUGCAUCCAUCUUUGCCAUUGGACCUUAUGCCUAUGAGACCCAGCUAGUUUCGCCACCUGUAUUUUCCACUUUCACCACCGAACCAUCCACUGCUCCUUUUACUCCUCCUCCGGAAUCUGUGCAGUUGACUACGCCUUCUUCUCCUGAAGUUCCCUUUGCUCAACUGCUCACAUCUUCGCUCGAACGCACGCAAAGGGGUGGUGGGACCAACCAUAAGUUUUCGCUAUCCAAUUGUGAAUUCCUUCCUAAUCAGUCAUAUCCAGGAAGCCCAGGUGGCAACCUGAGAUCACCAGGUUCAGCAGUCUCAUAUUCGGGAACCACUUCGCCAUUCCCUGGAAAACAUCCUUUUGUCGAGUUAAGAAUGGGGGAAGCUCCCAGGUUAUGGGGCUUUGAAAAUUUUUCCACUCGCAAGUGGGGUUCAAGAGUAGGUUCUGGGUCUAUAACCCCAGAUGGUGCAGGACUGCGGUCCAGACUUGGCUCUGGAUCUUUAACACCAGAUGGCAUGGGAGUGGGAUCGAGGCUGGGUUCUGGAUGUUUGACUCCCGAUGGCACUGGCCCCAUGUCCCGCGAUGGCUUUCUUCCUUUUGGCAAUCAACUCAGCGUAAGGGCAUCAGUUCCAAGAUUGGAUGAUGGAUCUAAACAUGACGAGACAAUAGUAGAUCACAGAGUAUCAUUUGAAUUAACUGGUGAAGAUGUUGCACGUUGUCUUGCAAAUAAAGCCGCGACCUCUUUCGGGACUUUAUCAAAAUGUCCCGAGGAUGAAGCGGCUGAAGUCCUUGCUGAAAGAGGUGGGACUAUGGGAGUCGACGAUGAUUCUGAUGAACGAUUUACUGAAAAAGGUACAGAUGAUAAACUUGUCAAGGGGUCAGGUCCAAUGGAGAAGGACCAUAGCUAUCAAAAGCAUCGUUCUGUCACACUUGGAUCCACCAAAGAGUUCAACUUCGACAACAGGAAUGGAGGUAUAUCUAGUAAGCCCAAUAUCAACUCCGAGUGGUGGGCAAAUGACAAGGUUGCUGGGAAGGAUAUGAAGUCUGGUAGCAGUUGGUCAUUCUUCCCAAUGCUGCAGCCUGAAGUCAGCUGAGGUCAACUUUAUCCUCCUCAGCUUCAUCUAUGUGUACAACAGCCAGCAAUUGCACUUCUAGAAGUUAGAUCUACUAAUCGACUAACCCCAUUCAAAGCAUAUCUGGAGGUGAUAACCAGAUGUAGAUUAGACACAGCAUUGCUUUCUUGGGUUUGGAUGACUGCUGAUAGAUGGAUUGCAUGUGACUUGUGAAUGCUAAGUGAGGAUUUUGGUAGGAGUGCUGGUAUCGAUAGGGCAUUCUUUCUAGUUCUUUUACCUUACAGAACAUAGCUUUUACAUGUAGCAAGUAUAGUUAGCACAAUGUGCACUAUUCAUUAUGUCGUGUGCAAUAAAUGAUAGAGACCAUCAAUAGAUGCAGUUAUUGUA